UGUUGCAAUAGUUAACGGAGGAAGUAUAUUUAGUCAUGUUCGAGAACUCUUUCAAUUUAACCUUAUGUAAUCAAAUUAGCAUUAAUAAAAGAAAAUAUGUAAAUAAAUAUUUUUACGGCAUAAAUGUCUGAACACUAUUAUUUAAAAUUCGAAAAAGAAGUUGCUUGAUACAAGAGAGAAACAAAAAUUGAAAUGUUACUCGAAAAUGAAAAUAGAAAAUAGAAAACAAUGAAAAAAAAAACCGGACAAAAACAUUUCUAAAUUAAACCCGUACCCUAUAAGCGAUGCACAAAUUUGGAUUCUGCUACUUCAAUCUUUUUCCCUUUCCCUUUCAUUUUUAACAAUGUCAGCAAUCUCUUUACGUAAAUUUUCCUUUCUCUUAUUUCAUCCCUAAAACACAGAUAAACUGAUUCACUCAAUCAAUCGAUUUGACUCGUUGAUCUCAACUUUCAAUUCCAAUACCUGUUUGUUGCAAGGAGUUGGAUUUGAGUGCAAAAUCAUGGAAAGUUUGCAACAAUUGGAGGCAUUAUGUGAGAGGCUAUACAAUUCACAAGACUCAGCGGAAAGAGCUCAUGCUGAGAAUACUUUGAAAUGUUUUUCGAUGAAUUCCGAGUAUAUUCCGCAAUGCCAGUACAUUCUAGACAAUGCAUUGACACCGUAUGCAUUGAUGCUCGCGAGUUCGAGCUUGUUGAAGCAAGUUACAGAUCAGUCACUGUCAUUGCAGCUUCGCCUCGAUAUCAGGAAUUACUUGAUAAACUAUUUGGCUACAAGAGGGCCGGAAUUACAGCACUUUGUGAUACAGUCUGUCAUUCAACUGCUAUGCCGGCUCACAAAGUUUGGUUGGUUUGAUGAUGAUAGAUUCAGGGACGUGGUUAAAGAGUCCAUGAGCUUUCUUAGCCAGGCAACACCGCAUCACUAUGCUAUUGGGUUGAAGAUAUUAAACCAGCUUGUUUCUGAGAUAAAUCAGCCUAAUUCAGGUUUACCAGCAACUCAUCAUCGGAGGGUAGCAUGCUCCUUCAGGGAUCAAUCACUUUCUCAAAUUUUCCAAAUUUCCCUAACAUCCUUGCAGCAACUUGCUAGUGAUUCGACAAGCAAGUUGCAAGAGCUGGCACUUUCACUUGCGCUGAAAUGUUUAUCUUUUGACUUUGUUGGCACAACUGUUGAUGAGAGCUCUGAAGAGUUUGGUGCUGUACAGGUUCCAUCUUCUUGGAAACCUAUUCUUGAAGAUCCUUCAACUCUAAAAAUAUUUUUUGACUACUACGCUAUCACGCAGCCCCCAAUUUCAAAGGAGGCUCUCGAAUGCUUAGUACGUUUGGCUUCAGUAAGGCGCUCUGUUUUCUCUGAUAGUGUACGUUCCAAAUAUUUGGCCCACCUAAUGACAGGAACUAAAGAAAUAUUACAGAGUGGACAAGGUCUUGCGCAACAUGAUAACUACCAUGAGUUCUGCCGUCUUCUUGGUCGUUUUAGAGUGAAUUAUCAGUUGUCAGAACUUGUUAAUUUGGAAGGUUACAGUGAUUGGAUACAUCUCGUGGCUGAGUUUACAUCAAAAUCGUUACAAUCCUGGCAGUGGGCCAGCAGCAGCGUAUACUACCUUCUGGGGCUGUGGUCGAGGUUGGUAACUUCUGUACCAUAUUUAAAAGGUGAUGCGCCAAGUUUGCUUGAUGAGUUCGUGCCAAAGAUCACUGAGGGUUUUAUCACCUCCAGAUUUGACUCUGUGCAGGCUGUGCUUCCUGAUGACUUCUCUGAGAAUCCCCUCGACAAUGUUGAACUUCUUCAGGACCAGCUUGAUUGUUUUCCUUAUCUUUGCAGAUUCCAGUAUGAACGCAGCAGCCUAUAUAUAGUUAAUGUCAUAGAGCCUAUUCUGCAGAGUUAUACGGAAAGAGCUCAAAUGCCUACCAGUGAUAUCAAAGAGCUAUCUGUAAUUGAAGCCAAACUUGCAUGGAUUGUUCAUAUUAUUGCUGCUAUUCUCAAAAUCAAGCAAUGUACAGGCAGUAGUACAGAGUCACAAGAGGUAAUUGAUGCUGAACUUUCGGCACGUGUUCUGCAGUUAGUGAAGAUUGCAGACAGUGGAUCACUCAGUAAGAGAUAUUCUGAAAUUAGCAAGCAGAGGUUAGAUCGUGCAAUACUCAUGUUUUUCCAGAAUUUCCGAAAGUGUUAUAUUGGUGACCAGGCCAUGCAUUCGUCCAAGCAGUUAUAUGCUCGAUUAUCGGAGCUUCUAGGGCUUAAUGAUCAUUUAGUUUUACUAAACGUCAUUGUGAGCAAGAUUGCAACAAAUUUAAAAUGUUAUACAGAGAGCGAACAAGUUAUUGAUCAUACAUUGAGUCUAUUCUUGGAGCUGGCUUCUGGUUAUAUGACUGGAAAGUUUCUUCUGAGACUGGACACAGUCAAGUUCAUUGUUGCAAACCACACGAGGGACCACUUUCCAUUUCUGGAAGAGCAUAGGUGCUCUCGUAGCAGAACAACUUUUUAUUAUAUAAUUGGUUGGCUAAUCUUUAUGGAGGAUAGCCCUGUAAAAUUCAAGUCCUCAAUGGAGCCUCUUCUAAAGGUUUUUGUUUCGUUGGAGUCGACUCCAGAUACAAUGUUUCGAAGUGAUAAUGUUAAGUACUCAUUAAUUGGACUGAUGAGAGAUCUCAGGGGAAUUGCAAUGGCCACCAACAGUCGAAGAACUUAUGGGCUCUUGUUCGAUUGGUUGUAUCCUUCAAGGAUGCCACUCCUCUUGAGAGGCAUUUCACAUUGGGCUGACACUCCUGAGGUUACAACCCCAUUAUUAAAAUUCAUGGCUGAAUUUGUACUGAACAAGGCCCAGCGUUUGACAUUUGACUCUUCUUCUGCUAAUGGAAUACUACUUUUCCGGGAAGUAAGCAAAUUAAUAGUAGCAUAUGGCUCAAGGAUAUUAUCUCUUCCUAAUGCAUCUGAAAUCUAUUCAUUCAAGUACAAGGGCAUAUGGAUUUGCUUAACUAUACUGUCAAGAGCUCUUGGUGGAAACUAUGUCAAUUUUGGUGUAUUUGAACUUUAUGGCGAUAGAGCUCUUGCUGAUGCCCUUGACAUGGCUCUGAAGAUGACCUUAUCGAUCCCUUUGGGGGACAUCUUGGUGUUUCGUAAGUUAACAAGGGCAUAUUUUGCCUUUCUGGAGGUUUUGUUUAGCAGUCAUAUUGCUUUUGUACUGAAUCUUGAUACAAGCACUUUUAUGCGCAUUAUGGGAUCCCUUGAAUCUGGUCUUAAAGGUUUAGAUACUGGCAUCUCAACACAGUGCGCAUCAGCAAUUGAUAAUUUGGCAGCUUUUUAUUUCAACAACAUUACUAUGGGGGAUGCACCUUCUUCACCAGCUACAAUCAGUCUUGCACGGCAUAUUGCAGAAUGCCCCACAUUGUUCCCAGAAAUUUUGAAGACCUUAUUUGAGCUUGUUUUAUUUGAGGACUGUCCCAAUCAAUGGAGCUUGAGUAGGCCUAUUCUGAGUCUGAUUUUGAUAAGCGAGCAGAUAUUUACGGAUUUGAAAACUCAAAUACUGACCUCACAGCCAGUGGAACAACAGCAGCGCCUUGUGCUUUGUUUUGACAAAUUAAUGGCAGAUGUAUCCCGAAGUUUAGAUUCAAAAAACAGGGACAAGUUUACCCAGAACUUGACUGUUUUCAGGCACGACUUUCGUAUGAAGUAGCUCUACUAUUUUGGACAGGGAAUUCUUCUCAGAAAUUAUUAAUUUAAGCAUAUCAUUUUGUCUUUCAUAUAUGCUUCGAUAUGUUGGAGUACCUGGAUAGGAGGUGCUGAUUUCACCUCAAGAUCAAUGCGCAGGAGAAUCAUGUUUGCUUUGUAUAGUCUUGUUAGCACAGUAAAAGUAGGAUCGAUUUGGACAUUUAAUUUAAGUAUACUAACAUAAUAGGUUCUAUUUCACUUAGUCUUAUGCUUACAAACUGCUAGGAUGAAGUUCUUUAAUCAUAUGCCAGAAUGCUACAGAGCAACAGGAAAUCUUAGGUCAAGUUCAUUUUUGUUUAGUAAAAUGGAACGCGUUGGAUGUCUGGAUUGUACUAGUUGUCCGACAGUUCUGCAUAUUUGUUUUGUACAUGAACUUCACAAUUCUUUUGACUGUUGAUAAUGAAAAGAUGAAUCUGCUUGUAUUCCUUC